CAACUCUAUUAUGACAUGAAUGAAGGUUCAUUCAGGGUGUGGAAGUAUCGGACAGAUGGAAAAAAGGGAACUCUGCAGAUUACAGUUAACUGUGAGAAAGUGCUGAGUCGUCGUUCCUCUCGGCUGCUGCAGGACUCGCGGCUUCACUUUGUUUUUCACUCUCGUCUCAGAGUCUGUCCUCUCAGAGUCUGUCCUCUCAGAGUCUGUCGUCUCAGAACCUGUCCUCUCAGAGUCUGUCGUCUCAGAACCUGUCGUCUCAGAACCUGUCCUCUCAGAGCCUGUUCUCUCAGAGCCUGUCCUCUCAGAGUUUGUCCUUUCAGAGUCUGUCCUCUCAGAGCCUGUCCUCUCAGAGUUUGUCCUCCCAGAGUCUGUCCUCUCAGCAGGUCCGUCAUGCUCCAUCACUUUCUUCUCCCAGUGUUGGUGCUGAUCUCAUAUGCUGUGCAGCUGCUGGUUGCUAUGGAGACCUGCCCAGCCACCGGGGUGCCGGGCAUACCAGGUAUGCCCGGACUGCCCGGCAGAGAUGGUCGUGACGGUCUGAAAGGACAGAAAGGCGAACGAGGAGCAGAGCGGAACUUCAACCACGGCCCACUGCAGGGGGAGAAGGGGGAGCCGGGGCUGAUGGGAUUUCCAGGGAAACGAGGUGAGAGCGGCGAGCCGGGGGCACCUGGGGAACCAGGACUUGAAGGCCCUCCCGGAGAACCCGGAGACCUUGAUACCCUGGGGGGCCAGCAGAGGGCGGCGUUCAGUGUGGCCAGAGCAACCGUGGAAAACCCGAGCAGAUCCGGCCCCAUUCGCUUCACGACCGUCAUCACCAACAUCGACAACGACUACGACGUCGAGACGGGAUGCUUCAGGUGUCGGGUCUCUGGGACGUACUACUUUGUGUUCCACGCGUCGAUAGAAGAUCGUCUGUGUGUCGUGAUGAAGCUGAACGGAACUGAGCUCGCGAUGUUCUGCGAUCAUCGCCGUGACAACAGACAGGUGACCUCCGGCGGCCUGGCGGUCUACGUGUCCCAAAAUCAGCAGGUUUGGUUGGAGAUCAAAGACUACAGAGGGAUGACGGGGAAACCGAGCGGUAACAGCGUCUUCUCCGGCUUCCUGCUGCGCCACCACUGAUCCACAGGGCAGGAAACAAACA